AUGUUAAUUCCAAAAGAAGAAAGAUCUAAGAUCCACAAAUACUUAUUUCAAGAAGGUGUUGUUGUCGCCAAGAAGGAUUUCAACCAACCAAGACACGAAGAAAUUGAUACCAGAAACUUAUAUGUUAUCAAGGCUUUACAAUCCUUAACUUCCAAGGGUUACGUCAAGACUCAAUUCUCAUGGCAAUACUACUACUACACUUUAACUGAAGAAGGUGUUGAAUAUUUAAGAGACUACUUACACUUACCAGAACACAUUGUUCCAGGUACUUACAUUCAAGACAGAUCUCAAAACCAAAGACCACAAAGAAGAUACUAA